AUGCAGACGGAAAUCUUUAAGUUUUGGACGUUCCUGAGCGGUUUGGGAGCACAAACCUCUACUUUAGAGCGAUUUUUGGCGUCCGCUGACCUCUCGCGUGGGGAAAAUAUUCUCAAUAUUCGAGAAUAUUCUCGAGAAUAUAGAUGCAUCCGCGCUGCCGACGACGUGCUCGAGACUGGCCUUCCGAGCGACAAGAUUCUCGCAUGCUUUGAGGAGGCGCUCGGCAAACGGCUGUCAGAGAUGGGCACGGAUGCUGCAGCAGGGCGAGAGGCGAACGCCGAGAGUGCGGAGGCCGCACCGCGACUGGAGGCUGCAGCAGAGCAGCAGCGGGAACAUUCCCUGCUUGCACCGACCGCGGGGCGCGGCGUUGAGCCGGUGCUGCCAGACCCGGUGCCUAUGCUGCAUACGAAUUCCGGUGGAGGGCGCAGAUCGUGCGAGCCAGAUGCCGGCGCCGGUCAGCAGAUCGGGUCGGCAGCUGCGAGCAUUCUCGCGCGGCGCGGCGAGGCGGCGCGAGCGAAGGUGCUAGAUAAGGUGCGUGAUGCGGGGCGAGCAAAUGGGGACCCGGCCGCCCCAGAGGAGGAGGAUGGCGAGUACGACCCCGAGGAACGCUUGCCUGAUUCGGAUGAGGAGGCAGAGGAGUAUGGGGUGCAGCGGGUGGUGCGCGGCCGCGUGCGGCUUCAUGGCAAACAGCCUGCGUCCUCGGGCCUCGAUGUUGAUGAGCAGCGGCAGACCUCUCUGGCUGAGAGGCGGUUUGUACGGACGGUGGUAAAGCGCGGAGUGGGAGAGAGGGGUAGGACGGCGGGACUGGGAGAAUAA